AAGAAGAAGAACUACACCAUGUACAAAUAUUGGUAUCGCUAGCUGUUGGUGAUUUCAAAUGUCGUACAUUCAAACUAGAACAGUAAUCCUCAAUGGAUUAAGAUAGUUUUUAAUGAAUCAAAUUGAUGACCUUUCUUUUUCGUGAAUUGACAGAGUUACUAUGGUCUUCCUUCUAAUAUGGUUUCACUUCGUCAUCCAAGUACUUGGUGAGGCACCUCCACCAAUGCCAAAGCAGGUCCUAUUUGAUAAUUGGCAGUUGACAUGGACUCCCGCCACAGAAGACACCUCUGUCAAUUACACUGUUAUGUACCGCAGGUUAGUGGUCUUUGACUCUGAUUCAUGGAAUGACGUCCCAAACUGCAAGCAGAUGUAUGCUUCUUCCUGUAAUGUAACUUCAACGAAAACUGGGGCAGAGCAUGACUGUGUCAUGCUAGGUGUGCGAGCAGAGAGGCAUGGUCUGACUUCAAAGCUCGCCAUAGCCUGUAGCAGACAAAGUAACUCCUGUACCCCCAAAGUUGGCUUGAGUGUGCGCCCUGGUGCAUUGACUCUUCAUCUAAGUAGAAACAGUGCGAUUACUCAAGAAGGUCCUUUCAUAAAACACAAGAUUUAUUUUGGAAAAGAGGGAGAACUCUUAGAGGCAUAUGAAGAUGCUGUGUCCUCAGUCUCCAUUGACAAUUUGAAAGAGGGAGAGCACUACUGUGCAAGCGUGCAGUACACUUACUUCGAUAAACCUGUCGGACUGGCCAGCUGCCCCCAGUGUGAAGUCAUCCCUCAGUCAAGUCCACCCACAAAGCAAACGGAGAUAACUGUGGCCGUUGUGAUUGUGCUCGCUAUUCUAACACUACUCAUUGUGUAUGUCCUGCUCUAUCAGAGGAAGAGAAUCAAAGGGUGGCUGCAAACGCCAUACAAGAUACCAGUCCCUGUAUUAUUUGAAGGACGUGAACCGUCUCUAAUUCCAAUCUCCAGCAAAAGCCCGACUGAGGAUAUCUGUGAUAUUACAAGGAUGGAGUUACGAGGAUCGUGAAAAAUGCUUUUUUUCCACUUGCCAAUUUAUACCUGCUGCAUGAUGAUCAGUUGCAUAAGUUUCUUCAAAUGAAUGACCUAUGUGUUAAGAAAUGUACUACCAUCACAUUUUGCAAAACCGUUGAAUGCAUACUUCCCCUUAAAAACGGAAUCGUCUGGCGAGCUUUUCCUUAUGAUCAUCAAACUCGAAAAUUGUGUCUUAUUUGUAGAACGAACGAAUACUGGUAUGGUGCUUUGCAAGAAUAUGCAGGGAAACGCAUUUUGAGCUGACGUAACAAUGAGAAUACAAAAUCCCACUCAUUGGGCGAGUUACUGCCGCUAACGAAGACAACAUAAGAAUGGGAGAUACGAGGUUUGAGUGAAGCGAGAGUAAAAACCAUGAUCUUUUUUUUUUUUUGCUCCCCUCUGUGUACUCCAUUUUCACUAAUUCUAUUAUAUUUUUGUGUUCUGUCAUAUUCAUUAUAUUUAGAGUGGUCAUUUGUGAAAAUGUUAUUGCUGAGUGUUUUUGAAUGAACCUAAACAGUUUAAAAAAUAAUAACCUGAGAGUUAAAGGCUCAAGACCUUAAGGAUUAAAUUAUAGAAUUUUAAAUUCAGCUGGACGGAUUUAAUUCUUGUGUAUUUAGUAUUAAAAAAUACAUUGCUGAUAAUUGUUUUUCCAUGUGCUUAUAUAACUUAAAUGUGUACCUAAUUAAUUCCGCAUGGGUUCGGAGAUAUGUGCCGUUUUGGGGGAUGGGGCGUGGUUUUCAUCUUGGUUUAAAAAAAUUUAUUUUUAAUAUUUUUUUUCUCUGUUUUGUUUUCGGGUUGGUUGUUCUGUUUGGUUUGAUGUAUUAAAAUAAACGUUAAGGGGGAUUUGAUGAACUGAUGAUGGCCACAUCUACUGCUGAUUGUCUCUUUAAUGUGGAUUGUCCCACUUGCUUCUGAUCCCCGAAAAAUAAAUAAUAAUCGAUACGCCUUAUAUAUGGAUAAACAUUUGUUAGUCAUGGCCAAUGUUCCUCUAAUUUUUCAACAGACACACAAGCUCCCUGAGCACACUGCGGACCACUGUGAGCAACAUCAGCUGUGCACGCUGUGGCCACACAACAGUAUCAUGCCUGUUCAAAACCACUGAUCAUAGCAAGUUACAUGGCUUAUUAAAAGAAUGAAAUUAGAGCAGCAAGUUUCAUUUCAAUCGUUUACUUUUAGUCCACUUAAAAUGAAAAAGACAAAAAUCUCAUUGAUUCAUGAGAUGUGUACUAUGUUAUACGUGAGAGUCCUGCUUUGGGCUGGGUAAGUACCAGUUGUGGCAUGGGUGAGUUAUGUAAAACAUAAUGAACAACCACAAUGGGAAUAUAUCAAAUUCCCAUAUUGUUCAGACAAUAAAGACACAUUUUUAAAAAUUCCAGGGGUGCCAAUAAUUUUGUCCAUGACUGUAUAUGAAAAGUUUUAAAAUAGGCCAUUCUUUAGAUGGUGUGCCUUAUAGUGGUGAAAAUACGGAAUUAUAAUUUUAAAAACAUUACUUUUCACAUACAAAGAAGCGUGACAGUUUUCAGGCUGGCCGGCUCUAACAAUGAGGUGUCAUAUUUUUUUUUCAGGGAGUUGGUAACCCUACGUCGGGUCAAAAUGGAUUGCAUGUCUAGCGUUGUCAUUGCUAUUGAACAUUGAAAGACAAGCUUAGCCAAUACUCGUUUAAAUCAGUUGGUACGCCUAUUGUUGUCAAUGCGUUAAAUGCUCAUGCUGUAUGUUUUUUUUAAAUCCUGUAUUUAUUUUGGGCAACAAUGUUCAAUAAAUGGUUGACUUUUCUGAAGUG